AUGACUGGGUCUACUGUGCCUAACAACGACGUCGUUCUGGUCGCUGAUGAGGUUACGGAUGACGGCGUGUCAGCACUCAGUAGUAUUGCUUCGUCAAGUGAGAGUGUGAGCAGCUCCAUUCUCGACUACAGAAAUGAGAACGGCAGGACGUACCAUCGGUACAAGGAUGGAAAAUACAGUUACCCCAAUGACGAGACUGAGAACGACCGGCUAGACCUGCAACACAACCUGUUCUUACUCACGUACGACAACAAGCUGGGGACAGCUCCGCCGAACGACAAGUCCUCUGGCGUGAAGGUGAAGCGCGUGCUUGAUGUCGGCACUGGAACCGGAAUAUGGGCUGUCGAGUUCGGCGACGAGCACCCCGAAGCUGAGGUACUCGGCGUUGAUCUUUCCGCUAUUCAACCUGGCUUCACGCCCCCCAACGUUAAGUUCGAAAUCGACGACAUCGAGGAAUCGUGGACAUUCUCCCGUCCCUUUGACUACAUUCACAGCAGAAUGAUGACAUCAAGUCUCUCGGAGUGGAAGACCUACUUGCAGAGAUGCUACGACGGCCUCGCACCGGGCGGCUACCUCGAACUGGACGAGAUGGACAAGCCCACCUCCGACGACGGCUCUCUCAAAGAAGAGCAUGCGCUUCACAAAUACCUCGAGCUGGUCUUCGGCGCCCUGGAGAAGUCCGGCCGCGCUUUCCAGAGCAUCCCAGCUCUGAGGGACAUGAUGGUCGAGAUCGGAUUCCGCGACGUGACCCUGAACCGAUACAAGUGGCCCACCAACUCGUGGCCUAAGGACCCUAAGUACAAGGAGAUUGGCAUUUGGAACAACGAGAAUGUGUGUGCCGGUUGCGAGGCCUGGGCCAUGGCGCCCUUCACCAGGAUACAUGGGUGGACGAAGGAGGAGGUUAUCGUCUUCUUGGUCGAUGUUCGGAAGGACCUCAAGAACCGACACAUCCAUGCCUACUGGCCAAUCUAUUCUGUCUGGGGUAGAAAGCCCAAUGAGGAAGAAGCGGCUCAAGCCCCUGGCAACUAA